AUGGUGUUCUUGGUCAAGAUCCCAAACAGAGGGGCGGGAAGGGAUGGCAAUGCAGAGGCUCCCUCACAGCUGGCAUCGUCCUUCGCUCAGGAGGAGCGCCAGGGAUUGGCUGCAGACCAGGCCGCACUGUUACUGCCAGCUACAAGCUCCUCAGCUUCAACCGCGACGGCUGCUGACCAGGAAGGCGAUCGCGAUCAGCAGAACACGACAGACGAUGACUUGCUCCAGUCCCUCGGUAGCCUGCGCUUGGACGGCGCCACUACGCCUGCCAAAGCUCAUGAAUCGGCUUCCGCUUCCACCGCUUCCACCGCUCCCGCACGCCCCGCUGCUUCAUCAGCGGUAGCAGACCACGGGGCCGCAAGGCAAGCGCAUACAGGCAGCCCACGCAUCAACGUAUACCUUCCACCUGCGAUCGAAUCGCACCGCUAUGUGCGCAGCGAGGAUGUGUCCCUCAUCGUCGAGAGGCCGGAGAGGGUGAGGGCAGUAAAUUUGGGCAUCGCUGCUUUCUUGGCCAGAUGCGCGGCCGGCCAUGAUGCGAUCGGCGUUGAUCGUGACGCGGACGUGGCCGCACAGCGAAAUGCCGCUGAUUCGAGCCAUAAAGCCUCGAGCUCAGCAGGUCAUUCCGGUAAAACAGAUGCAGGAAUGGAGGACUUGUCCACUGCGCUCGCUUCGCUGGAUGUACGAGCGGAAGCGAAGGUCGAUCCGACUGACUCGACAGCAUCGCUCUCAGCUUCCUCUUCUACCUCUGUUGCCGCCAUCCGAGUGCACGUUACACGCAGCAAGAUUCUGCUCUCGCACCCUGCGUUUGCAGACAUACAUGGAGAGCCCGUCUUGGAGCUUGCGGAGCAAAGCGCUGCAACGGCGCAGGGCGGCAACGAUGCGCAGGCAGGAUCUGCGCCUGUCAAGGCGGAGGAGACAGAUGUGACAAUUUCCUCUAAAGAGGCCGCAACGGACAUUGUGGCGAAAUUCGCUGCGGCUGCACGGGGCGAGAGCGCAGUGCACGGAGAGCAAGUGGGAGAGGAGCACAAGGCGGGUGAUGAUUCCGCCGGGCACAAACUCACGGACCAGGCAGCGCCUUUGUACCCCAUCGCUUCUCAGCCGCGUAAACACGAGACUUAUGCGCACUAUCUGGACAGGCUCUGCUUGAUGGCGCCCGACCGACCACCUCAAUCACCACCCAGUGCAGCUCCGCACACGCCGAACAAGUUUCACGAGCACAGCAGCGCAGAUCAAGCAGCAAGUCCAAAGAGCGACUCGAGCGAGGAAUUGCGGGAGCGAGAAUCCGAGGUGCCGCUAGGAUGGCCUCAAGGGGAUUUGUACCUGUGUGGUCCAGCGAGAGGCGACAGUGAUGUCCAAGGCGUCGUGUACGACGGGGUCGACGGUGCGGACGGAGGUAGCAAAGCUGCGAUCGAAGCAUCUGUGGGAGCUAUCAAUCGAGCAAUAGAUGGCCUUUUUGCUGCACCGGGCGCAAGUCUGGCAGGCGCCGGAAGCGCCACUGCGGAAGCUUCUGCGUCGCGUGCGCCAGCUUUCGUGGUGGUCAGACCGCCCGGCCAUCACUGCGGAUCGGCUACGCCGAGCGGCUUCUGUUGGGUCAAUAACGUGCUUGUAGGGGCAUCGCUUGCGCAAAGAAAGUACGCGGUGGAUAGAAUCAUUGUGCUGGACAUUGACUUGCACCACGGCAACGGAACGCAAUCGAUUGCGUGGCGGCUGAAUGCCGAGGCGGCCAGAAGGGCUGGAGAGCGUAAGGCUCGCAUAGCUGGGCUGCGGUCUCUACGAGGCAAGCCAAAAGGCGGGCGGCGCUCCGGCGCGGGCGGUGCUCAAGACUCUGCUGCUUCGGAUGCGAACGCAAAGGAAGAGGAGCGCUUAACCAAGGAGCGGGACCUGCAGGUGUUCUACGGGUCUUUGCACGAUAUCGAGAGCUACCCCUGCGAAGACGGAGACGCGGAACUGGUCAGGGAUGCCAGCACGUGCAUAGAGGGUGCUCAUGGACAGUGGAUAUGGAAUGUCCAUCUGGAGCAGCACACAACGGAGCGCGAAUUCGAGGAACUAUAUCGGCAAAAGUACUCUGUGCUUCUCAACAAAGCGCGUCACUUUGCGCGCCGAACCGAUUCGCAAUCGGAUCGGACGCUCGUCAUAGUCUCGUGCGGAAUGGAUGCCUGCUCUCAUGAGCAUCCUGGAAUGCAGCGUCAUGGCAAAUCUGUACCGCCCGAAUUCUACCGACGCUUUGCUGACGAUGCAAAAACCUUGGCUAGGGAUAUCGCCGGUGGAAGGCUUUUGAGCGUCUUGGAGGGCGGAUACUCGGACAGGGCAUUGGUCAGCGCUACAUUGGCCCAUCUCUGCGGCUUGGCGGGCGUAGCGGGCGCGUCGGAAUCCGAGGAGGGCCAAAAGAAGAAAGCGCCCAAUGAGCCUUUACGCAACUGGUGGGACUUGGAGCACCUGGUAGCGCUAGAGAAGCUCGCUAAGAAAGCGGCUGCGCCUGCGACGCAGACGUCCUCGAGGGGAGGAGAAUCGAGCAGACAGGCUGCGUGGCUGCAAGCUACGACCAGGCACUUUGCUACGCUGGAAGAGGCAUGCGGGAGGGUCCGACCGACGCGUGGCAAUGAGAUGGCCUCGGCCCACUCUACGCCCAAGCAUGGGGCCUCGCACACCGAAUCGCCGAGGGAGUUGAGAGCAGGUGCAAGAGCUAGGCAAUUGGCUUCUGGUGGCGAACAAGCUGCUCAGAGCCCGUCGAACAGAGACAUGAAGCGAGAAGAGGCAUGA